AUGGACAGCAGAAUCCGCGUCUCCAAGGUCGACAAUGUCGCUUGUUGGCGGGUGGGCCGCGGCAUCGACGGGACACUCCACUUGCAGCUGCAUCACCUCGUUUUCAGAUACCCUGGCCCGGGCCAACCCGCUGACGGCUCCGCAGCCACACCCGCCCAGCGACCCAAGGAGAUCCCGCCCGCAAUCCGCGUGCAGUGCCGCGACUUCACCUUUUUCUCCCUCCAUUUCCGCAAAGAAUCAGAUGCGCGCGAUGUCUACGAUACCAUAAGGUCUCCCGAGCCCGAGAGAGCCAUCGGCGGGUGGAAGAUCUACGACCCAAGGCAGGAAUUCAAGCGUCUGGGUAUCAGCGCAAAGGACACGGACAAAGGGUGGAGGAUAACAGAUAUCAAUCACGACUACCAGGCAAGAGGCAUCUAA